CGAUGCUUUGAGUGACGACGAGGUUGAGCGUCAACCACGUUGCGCGCAAACAUGAGGGCACAUGAUCUCCUUCGUGGAAAGCUGUUGGCCACAAUGUGAAGCCCUUCGUCUCUGUGGCCUGUAUAUUGUCUUCAACGGCAGACAGACCCCCCGUGCGACUACGGAGCUUACAUCAGCAGCAGCAUGUUCUCGAGAUCGAGGGAUCGAGGUAGCGAGCGAAAGAGAUUGGUGGGGCGGUCCGUGCGGUAAUUCCUAUUGCAAUAAGGGAGUUUCCACAGUCUAAUGAUGUGAAAGCGGAUCGUGCAAAGCUGUCGCGGUUCAUCUUCUCUCAGGGCUUCUGAGCACAUGGUUUUCGACCAUAUUCAAUAUCGCGACGUUGGCGAUGUCCGGAUCCGCAAUGGCUUGGACGGAUGACAGUAACGAAUCAAGUGGAGGAUGGGGAGACCCUUUACCUCCCGAAGAAGAAGAUGAACUACGGACGAUUCCGACCGCAGCGACUGUAAAUCAAUGGGAAAGAGUCGAGCCUUCCGAGCACGAAACAAACCCAUGGGCCAGAGUCAAACCAAAAUUUGAUUCUACGGAGGUGGGAAACGUAAAGAAUUCUAUCAGUAAGGCGAUAUCAUGGUGUGAGGAGCAGAAAGAUUCGACGAGAUCCAAAACCAACAAGAUCGACGAAGGAAGAUGGAGCGACAAUCCAGCGGAACAGAAGAGUGGAUCAUGUGAUGCUCUUGGAAAAUCCUCCUCUCCUGAGGCAGCAGCUGCAGAAAACGAAGGCAAGAGUCGACGAAAGAAAGACAUCGACGAUAUAACACCCAACACUGAAAGUUUAUGGGAAUCAGAGGCAAGUCCAAGGCCGCGUUCGCCUGGUACAAGGAUUGACCAGCAACAGAUAUCGAAUGGUCUGAAAGCAGAUUCGAAGCCCAGGAUAGCAGCUGGACCACCUCCAGAAUCCGAAGAGAUGGAAGUGCCUGAUUCCGCAGUUCCUCACAUAAUAGGGCAAGAUCACGGAACCAUCAGAGCUCUCAAGAACAUUCCAGGGAUUACGGAUGUGAGGGUUCUCCUGGUCAAAGGGAGUGAUCAGGAUUCGAAAAUCCAAAUGCAGCGAGUAAAGGUGGAAGGUUCUUCUAGAAACGCUAUAACUCGAGUAAUGAAACAGAUUCGUCGAAUCGUUCUUCGCAGUGCCACAAAAUUCAAUUACCCGGAAAUUUCAGUUACAUGUUUACCCCCUAAUAACAACGAUGCAGAUGCCAUAAGCCUGAAGCUUGCGACAGUGGAGGAAUACCAACACUAUUUGCCCAAACACCUGAAGUCGUUUGUUGUUCAGCACGCUCCGCAGGAGAUACAACGAAAGGAAUAUUUUUGUGUUGGUCCUAGGACUUCUUCUGACCAGCUGACGGAUAACGCUAAGAUACUGAGGAGAAAAAGGCGCAGGUCCUAUGAUAGAGACCAUUCGAACUACCUGUUUGGAAAUUGGCACCAGAGUUUGUAUACUGCGCCGCUCUCGACUUGUUUGCACAAGUUUUUUCAUGAAGAUAUUGACGCGUCCCCGAAAGAAAGGCAGCCUCUGAUAAAGCUGAGAGUUCAGCUGGGAAAGAUGUUAUAUUAUGGGAGAGAUUUAAAGGCACCCGGUACCUGGAAUGUGUCGCUGGAAGAGAUGACAAGAAUGACUUCGGAACAUACACUUCAACCUUGCUUCAGUAGUUACUGCCAUGUGAACAUUCUGGACAAGGCCAGAGAAUUUCUCAAGGUUUCAGGUUAUGAACAGGUAGGAGCACCAGAGGACACUAUAUGCGCUUGUAUACUGGACUUGGAUACUUCAGAUAAACCAAGCUUCAACAUCAGGCUACAGCAGAGAGACAAGAUAGUAGCGAAGAUCAACAAGAAGUCCAGACGACUCGCCUUUGUGACUUUUGUGAGCGCAGAGCAAGGAGUUGAUUUUCAAGUGAGGAUCCAGAGUAGGCAGAGAGAAAAUCCUCUGCCCGAGGUGAUCAGAAAGGGAGUCUUUCAAGCUUGGAAUAAUAGAGCAAAUAUUGAAGACCCUUUGAUCUCACCAGGAGGCAAGCAAUAUCAUCCCUUGAAAGCUCUUCGUAAAGUAUUUGAAUACUACAAGAAGGGUGAUAUAGGAUUUCUCUUUACUCAAGUGUCAGCCGUCUUGGAUCCAGAGGAUCAAAACGAGGUUGUAGAUAGUGACAGCAGCAUGAGCAGGUGGAAAGUUUCCUUGCAAAGCUCCAUUAAUACCAGUGACGGAGACGUCGAGUACGUACUGGCGAGGUUGAACAAAAUGGUAACUGAGGUUCAGAAGCUCUUGGAGGUGAUAUCUCCUGGCUGAUCUUCAUGUGUUCAUGUUCUAUCAAGAUGGAGAUCGGCCCAAUGUAAAGCUUGCAAAUGAUAGAUCAGAAGCGGACACACUCGCUCUUGGUGUUCUCUUGACUUAUCUUCAAACUGGAAAUCCAUAUUCUAUUAUGGAAGUCACGGUCUACAUGUGCAUUUCGGGUUUUCUAAGGUUCUAUUCGGAGUACGCACGUUAAUCGGACAUUCGCCCUGCACAAUCCUUCUUGCUUCUUUAUUAAUUAUUCUUUACAGUUCACAAUAUGGGUGACGAAUACAGACGAAUCAUGUACAUGUGGACAAACUCAGUCUUAGUGGGCAAUUGUUUCAAUAAUUCGGUGCUCCUUGAAACAUUUCAAGCACCUCCAUCGAGCAAAAACCUUCACAGGAGGAUAUAAUUUUAUUCAGAUGUAGUUGCCGGAUGGCUGUACAUGUAGGCUGUCUUCUAUGUUAUAUUCAGUAUAUUUGUCCUUGGUUCUGAAAUUGGGAACAUACCUC